AUGGUUUUCAAAGGCAGGUUUUUUUCUUCUAAGAAAUCUGAUACUUCUAGCCCAGAUGGGGGAGGAUCUUCAAGCAGCCCUCGAUCAUUCGGAUCGAAUUCGCCGAUCCGAUUGGACAGGAAGAAAACGAAAUCUUUAUCUGCAUCCAAUUCGAAAGAUAACUCCCCAAUCACCCCGAGUACACCCAGUAGUAGUUUAAGGUUCAGAGACAGGGACAAAGACAAAGACAAAAAUAAAGAUGGGAAGAAGGAAGUUAAGGGAAAGGAGAGUAUUGCCAAAACCGCUACUCAGGAUACGGAUUUGGGGAAACCCAGUUCAGGAUUUUCUACUGGUUUGAAGAGUAAAAAAGGGUUCGGGUCUGAUUUAGUUGCGGGGAAGGCUAAGAAGGAUUCGGGUUCUGCUGCCCCAGCUGCUGCCAUGUCGAUGUCGCCUAUUGUUGCGUCCUCAUUGGGUUUGAAUAAAAUUAAGACUCGAUCAGGGCCAUUGCCUCAGGAGAGCUUUUUCGGGUUUGGGAGCGGUAGAGAUAAAGGUACUGCUUUGGGAGCUAGUAAUUUGUCGAAGCCUGUCGGAAUCAGCAGUGGUGGUACAGAUGGAGGUUCCACUUUGAGCUCUGGGAAGAAGAUUGGGGGGAAGAAGGAUGGUGAUGAGAAUAAGAAGAAGGUAGUUGGAAGUGCAGAAAAUGCUGGUUGGAUUGAUAAUGGCAGUAAUUCUGAUAGUAUGUCUACUGAAAGUGGGCCGUCUAGGGAUCAAAGUCCCCAUGUUCAGGCACGGUCGAGGUUGCAGAAUGCAGAGUCUUCCUCUGAAGCUGGUCGAUUUAAGGCUUCUUGGGGCCACUCUGGAAAUUUAAGAAGUUCAGACGUUUAUACUCCCGAUGUGAAGACUUCAUACGACUGUGACAAUCCCAAAGAAUCCGAGUCUCCACGAUUUCAAGCUAUACUCCGUGUUACAAGUGCACCUAGGAAGAGGUUUCCUGGGGAUAUUAAAAGCUUCUCCCAUGAAUUGAAUUCAAAAGGUGUACGGCCCUUUCCAUUCUGGAAGCCUAGAGGCUUGAAUAACCUGGAGGAGGUUCUGGGAAUGAUAAGGACUAGAUUUGACAAAGCAAAGGAAGAAGUGGAUGCAGAUCUGCAUACCUUUGCAGGUGACUUAGUAGGGGUUCUGGAAAAGAAUGCUGAAAAUCAUCCUGAAUGGCAAGAAACCAUUGAGGACUUGCUGGUAUUGGCCCGUAGCUGUGCUAUGACGCCGCCAGGAGAAUUUUGGCUUCAGUGUGAAGGCAUUGUUCAGGAGUUGGAUGAUAGACGUCAAGAGCUACCAAUGGGUGUGCUUAAACAGCUGCAUACCCGCAUGCUUUUUAUACUCACCCGAUGCACUAGGUUGUUGCAGUUUCAUAAGGAAAGUGGGUUUGCUGAGGAUGAACCUAGCUUUCAGCUUCGUCAAUCAUUUCAUCCUGUAGAUAAUCGAAUUCUUCCUGGGGUGGCAGUUGAUGGAAAGGUAUCCAGUGCUUCAAAGGCAUCAAGGACCUCUACACGGAAAUCUUAUAGUCAAGAGCAACAUGGAAUGGAAUGGAAGCAAGAACAUGACAUAAAGCGUGGAAAUUUAUCAUUAUCACCUAUAGAAGAUGCAAAGAACUUGGACUCUCCAGCCAGUAGAGACCGCAUGGCUUCUUGGAAGAAAUUUCCUUCUCCUGUUGCUAAAAGCCCUAAAGAAGUUGUUCCGUCGAAGGAGCAUAACGAGACUAAUGUUGAUAUUCCUAAGAUGUUAAAUGCCAGAAGAGGAAUAGAUGAUGGGUAUCUUGCAACUGCUAAGCCUCCUGAAAUGUCCUCUGCCAAAGAACCACACGUACAUACUUCGGUUGCAUCCAAGCACCAGCAUAAAGUUUCUUGGGGUUAUUGGGGAGACCAACCUAGUGUGCCCGAAGAGAGCUCAAUCAUUUGUCGUAUCUGUGAGGAGGAGGUCCCAACUUUGCAUGUGGAAGAACAUUCUAGGAUAUGUGCAAUUGCUGAUCGCAGUGAUCAAAAGGGUUUGAGUGUCAAUGAGCGUCUUGUCAGGAUUGCUGAAACUCUUGAGAAGCUUAUGGAAUCUUUUUCACAGAAAGAUUUUCAACCGGUUGCUGGGAGUCCAGAUGUUGUGACUGCAAAGGUAUCAAACUCUAGUGUGACUGAAGAAUCUGAUCUUUUGUCCCCUAAAUUAAGUGAUUGGUCUCGAAGAGGUUCAGAGGACAUGCUGGACUGCUUUCCCGAAGUCGACAAUUCUGCUUUUAUGGAAGACCUAAAGGGUUUGUCAUCUUGCAAAACCCGUUUUGGCCCCAAGUCUGAUCAAGGAAUGACCACUUCAUCAGCAGGCAGCAUUACGCCUAGGUCGCCUUUGAUGACACCAAGGACCAGCCAGAUCGACUUGUUGUUGGGUGGAAAAGGUGCUUACUCUGAGCAUGAUGAUAUUCCCCAGAUGAAUGAACUUGCUGAUAUUGCUCGUUGUGUGGCGAAUACUCCAUUAGAAGAUGACCGUGCAUUGCAAUACCUGCUCACUUGUCUUGAAGACUUACGGGUGGUUGUUGAUCGUCGGAAACUAGAUGCUCUCACAGUUGAGACUUUUGGGGCUCGCAUAGAGAAGCUCAUUCGGGAAAAAUAUUUGCAACUUUGUGAGCUAGUUGAUGAUGACAAGUUGGACAUAACAAGCACAGUUAUAGAUGAAGAUGCUCCACUGGAAGAUGAUGUUGUGCGUAGUUUGAGAACAAGCCCAGUACAUUCUAGUAAAGAUCGUACCUCUAUAGAUGACUUUGAAAUUAUUAAACCAAUCAGUCGCGGGGCAUUUGGUCGGGUUUUCCUGGCAAAAAAGAGAACUACUGGAGAUCUGUUUGCAAUUAAGGUUCUUAAGAAGGCAGAUAUGAUAAGGAAGAAUGCAGUUGAAAGUAUACUGGCGGAGCGAGAUAUUUUAAUUACUGUUCGCAAUCCUUUUGUGGUCCGCUUUUUCUAUUCAUUUACCUGUCGAGAAAAUUUGUAUCUUGUGAUGGAGUAUUUGAAUGGUGGGGAUCUUUAUUCGUUGUUGAGAAAUCUGGGUUGCUUGGACGAAGAUGUUGCUCGUGUGUAUAUUGCUGAAGUGGUUCUUGCUUUGGAAUAUUUGCAUUCACUACGGAUUGUUCAUCGGGAUCUGAAGCCUGACAACUUGUUGAUCGCACAUGAUGGUCAUUUAAAGUUAACAGAUUUUGGGCUCUCUAAAGUGGGUCUCAUCAACAGUACUGAUGAUUUAUCUGGUCCAGCAGUUAGUGGUACAUCCUUAAUGGAAGAAGAUGAUUCCAGUUUAUCGGGCUAUGAAAGUGAAGACCGGCGAAAGAAACGUUCGGCUGUUGGUACACCUGACUAUUUGGCCCCUGAGAUUCUUCUGGGAACAGGACAUGGUUUGUAUUCAUAGUUAUCUAUCUUUGUUUUUGCAGACAUGUUUGCUUGAUUCUCCCGUUGGCAAAUAGAGACACCAAUUUUGGUAUCCAUGGUCAUACUUGAUAUUACAUGGGGAUUAGGAUGCAACUUGAGUUUUUGCCAUUGUUCUCUUAGGCAAUAAAAUGGUUUACUGCUGAUUGGUGGUCAGUUGGUGUUAUUUUGUUUGAAUUAAUCGUUGGAAUCCCACCUUUCAAUGCUGAGCACCCACAGGUUCGCUUUUGUCAAAGUUACUGUAUAAUGUGUCACUACAUAAUUGUGAUUACUGUAAUGCAAAGUGAUGUGCCCAGGAUAUGGGCUGUAUAGGAGAAAUGAAGGUCUUUGUUGUUAAUUGGGUAGAAGUUAAUUGCUUCGCUGAAUCUUGACUUUCCUCAUAUAUAUGCAUUCCAACUACUAUAAUGCUUGAAUUCUCUGGAUAAAUUGCACUUUCAUUAUAGAAUAUUUGGAAGCUUCAUUUUCAAUCCGUUAAUGGCUUUAGAUUUCCACAUUGAAUUUUCAUCUGAUUAAAAUGAUUGGUCAGAGACAGAAUGGUGGCCAUUUAAUUAGUUCUGAGGUAGACUUUUAAUAUAAUUUCAGACCUCUUCAAUUUCCAAUAUACACUAGUUCAUAUGGUUGCUGGUCUUCCUGCUCUUGUCUAAACGCCUGAAUGGAAUGCAUGUAUUGUCAUUGUUGAAGGACUUUGUGUAGACGUCUAUAAAGUGGUGUGACUAAAUUUAGAAGUACGUGGUCACGGUGGAGAGUAUCUUAAAUUUUGGCACUAUAGGACUGGGAUCUUUUUUUCUUUUGUUAUAACAUCAUGAUUAUCCUGCUUUGCAUACUUUCUGCAAUCGGUUAAUUGUGGUAUCUAGUUUUGUCAUUUCCAGCUGAUUUUGGAUUUUAUUCUGUCAAACAGAUCCUGAUUUUGUUUUUGCUUGUAGAAAAUAUUUGACAAUAUUCUGAAUCGUCAUAUACCUUGGCCGCGGGUGCCCGAGGAGAUGAGUUUUGAAGCACAAGAUCUCAUAGAUCGGUAGGAACAUUCUACUAAAUUUUUUUUAUCUAUUUGUAUCCAUUUAGUAUUACUGCUGUUGCUUUUGGCAUCCCUAGGCUUUUAUAUUUUUAACUGGCGUCUAGUGCCUGUGUCCAGUUAUAAUAAUGAUGCAGUUAGAUCUUUUCUCGUUCUGGUAUAGUUGAUUACUCUCACUCCUCUGUUUGUUUUUAAGUAAGUUGAAACACGGUCCUAUUAUAAGUCCACAAAUUGAGCACCCUAUUUACUCCUGUUUUUCAAAUUAAUCUUAUUGAAUAGUUACCUUUCUUUUCUCCCUUUUCUUUUGGGUUGACUUUCUCGCCAAUUUUUUUAAAAAACUUUUUUAGCCAUUGCCACUAUUCAGAGCUUCAUCCUACUGCGCUGCGCGGAUCUAUGCAUGCUUGUGUGUAUGAUGUUAUUUCCUUUACCUUUAUGAGAAUCUUCUUAAUGCCCUCAGAAUUGCUGUUGCUUUCUAAGUCUAAU